AUGCCAAUUUCCACCUGGCAUCAGGGUAUAAAUCAGAAGGUCCAGGGCGCUUUGAACCUGCACAACGCUCUUCGAGGACGAGAUAGCGGUCUCGAAUUUUUCCUCAUGCUGAGCUCCAUCACUGGGAGUAUCGGCACGGCCGCAGAAAGCAACUACUGCGCUGCUAACGCCUUCCUUGAUUCUUUUGCGGGUCAUAGACGCAGCCAUGGAUUACCGGCGACAUCACUCGGCUUGGGUAUGAUUUCAGAGAUCGGCUUUCUCCACGAGAACCCCGACAUUGAAGCCGCGCUAUUGCGGAAAGGUGUUCACCCGUUCACAGAAGACGAACUGAUCCAGAUCAUUGAUAUUGCCCUUACUCCACCACCUGAAGAGCUGGUUUCUGACUUCGAUCAAGGCCUCGCUGGGAAUCACUAUGGCCAAGCUCAUUUGCUCACCGGCCUUGAGCUGUAUGGCUUCCAGACCAUCAGAGAUAAAGGCUUCAAGCGGGGGACACAGGUCCUUGAAGACCCACGAUGUGCCAUCAUUGCUGGCGAAUUUGCGAAUUCAAGCGACUCGGACCAUGGUGAAGGUGCCGAAAGCCAGACCGAUAAUGGCCUUCCUCAAAGCGUGGCCGCCGGUAUUACAUCUUGCGAGGAAAAUGCCGUCCCCAAUGAAACAUUGCUCACCGCGAUUCUGGCAAUCGUGACAGAGAGACUUGCUACCCUGCUACUGGUUCCACCGGCUCAACUUCAACAGCAUAUGCACUUGGCAGAAUUUGGAGUUGAGUCCAUGCUGGCAGCCGAAUUCCGGGGAGACAUGGUCCGAACGUUUGGUGUUGACGUCUCAUUUGCUAUGCUGCUGGAUCGUAGAACGAAUAUAGAUAUGGUGGUAGACAUGGUCGCUGUGGAUCUAUUGGCUCGCAAGGUCAAGAGUUGA